CCUAACCUCAUUAUUAGCUUUAAAUUAUUAGAAGCCUGAGAGGGUUCAGUUUCACCGUUAACAAAAUUUUUAAAAUUAAAAAUUUUUAAAAUUUUUUUUUCAGCUGGCAUAUUUAUAAGCAGCAAUUACGGGCAUCAGAAUGCCGUCUUGUUGUAUUUAGUGAAAAGGACACUAGACUUUUAUAUGACUCGGCAACUGUUGUAGCUUUGGCAGAUCGUUUUGUUUUUGGAUCACAUUUGUCUCAAUGUGGACGUUUUCAGUUCCUACCACAUAAAUAUGACACAUUGAAAAUUGCCAAAAUGCUUUUUGGUACAAUGCCGGCAGCUUUGAAGUCUGACUCUCUCAAAAUACAUACACUCAAAGACUCAAAUUCAGUAAUGAUUUCAAGAGUGUUUUCUGUACCUAAACUUGGCAAAUAUUCUUCGACUACGUUUAAAACUAAGUUUGUUUUUAUUUUUUAAAUUUUUUUCUGGUAAAUUACAUUAAUUUGGCGGACCUAAAAAGAAAAUUCUUUUAUGAUUUUUGGGUUUAUGAAUUUAAGAGGGACUUGAAAUUUUGGUUUUUCGGAAGUUGAUCAACUUGCGUAUUAAAUUUGCGGAUUUUAUUCUAAUAGUAUAAUUGUUUAAAUAAGGGGGUCUUGGUUCGGUUUUUUUAAGAUCAUUUUUGAUUUCCAAAUAUUUUCCUAGAAUAUAGAUUUGUAUUGGGGGUAAGUCCUUGAUUAUAAGCG